AUGGAAUGCUCUGAGCCGACAGUGCGGUGUGCCCUUAGCUCUGCCCGCCUGCGUGGGGUCCUGGAGCCCUUCUUGGAGCUCAUCCAGCAACCAUCAUGCAGGGUGGUGCUGGGGACCGCCCUGUUACUGGGAGGUGGAGGCCUCGUGUUGUGGAUGCAGAGGAAGAGGAAACGGAAGACAGAUUCUGAGACCACACCAGAGGUGCAGGAGCCGGCCGAGAGCGAACACUCGAAGGAUGAGAGUUGGAUCAAAUCGCACUUUAGCCGUCUUUCCGAAGAGAAGCUGGCCGCCAGCAACACUGCCUGCCUCAACACCGCCGGGCCCAGCAGCUCCGCCGCUGCUCCACAGCCCAACAGCGGCAGCGGGGAGGCCAGCACCACGAUUCGCGUGGAGACCUUCAGCACGCGGCAAGGAGACGAGGGCAUGGCCCUUCACCGGGAGUCCUUCACCAGCAAGCAGAGAAUGUCUGGGACUUCCGUGACCAAAGAGACCCACAAGGAGUCUGGGAAGUCCUCGUCCCCGGAGGAGGCCACGUGGGCCGCCGUGGCCGCCUGUACCAAGGAGAUUGACACCAAGGGGCAGCAGCUGGCUAACUCCAUGUUGCAACGGGCCACGGCCUGCCAGAACUCGGGCCACCUGGAGACCAAGGACAUCAACCAGGAGGAGCUGAAGGCCCUCGAGGAGGUGGAGAUAAAGCUGAAGGGGAAUUUCCUCACCCAGCGGGAAUCCACCGUAGCUGGUGCCAACCACGCACAUACCUACCACAGCCACUGCCACCACGGCCACCAGGGCUAUCCGAACCACCAGUCCCACAGCCUGCCCAGCCGCAGCCCCCAGGCCUACCACCCCUUUAAAGCCACCUGACCACAGGUGAAGAUGCCCCUUCCCCCCGCAGGGCUGGCUCACAAACACAGGCAUCCUGUGUGGCCCACCUCUCUGAUGGGGCAACCUAUGUGGCCCAGAGUGAGAUGCUGCUGCCCAAGUCCAUUCUUCCUCAGGCCCCCCACAAGGGGUUCCGGGCCCCUUCAGCUCCAUGAGUGGGGUCUGCCCCUGACGGCCCCUGGUGAGGGAGAGCUGGGGAGAAUUGGGGUAGCUGAGACAGACUCACAGGCCCCUGAAGAACCCCCGAGAGAAGAUGGGAGAGGCAGAUCCCAGGAGCAGCCGAGAGCAACACACCGAUGCCAAAUGCCUUAGCUGAGCCAAUAAAGCCUUGCAUGCCCUUACUCUUGAGUCUGGAGGCUCUGUGGCCAGCCCUGGGUCUGAGCGGGCCUCUGGGGAGAGUGUUCCUCCUCCCAAGUCCUCCUCUGGUAGGCUGGUUCAAGGAUCCCUAAAUUAGCUUCUGGGGUCUUAGGUUCUGGGCAUGGAAACUCUCCACAGGGCUCAGCCCCCACUAACCUGCUGCCGCCAGAGGAGGAGGAAGCAGCCAGGAGCUGGGAGGUGUGCGGAAGUAAGGUGCAGGUUGGAAGUAAGUAGGGGUGGGAUGUGGGGCUACAGUCCUCUUGGUGCUGCUCCCACCCUGUGCUGCUCACAGGAUGCUGCUCUCUCCCCGCCCCCACUGGGAUCGUGGUGGUGCCUCCCCACCAGCUACCUUCAGAGCCAUGGUAUUGGGCUAUGUACUCUCUCUCCUGGUUUAUGCUGCUAUUGCUGGGGCUGGGGCUGCUACUGCUGCAGUACUACUAAGUAGUAGCAUUAUUCCUCAUACUACAAUAGCUCCCCCUGCCUUUUUAAAAAAAAUUUUAAUAUUUAUUUAUUUAGGCUGUGCCAGGUCUAGGUUGCAGUAUGUGGGAUCUUUAGUUGUGGCAUCUGGGAUCUAGUUUCCUGAUCAGGAAUCGAACCUGGGCCCCCUGUAUUAGGAGUGUGGAGUCUUAGCCAUUGGGCCACCAGGGAAAUCCCUCCCUCCAACCACCACCUUUUUUCAAGUUUUUAGUACAUGCCGCGCUCUGUGUCAUGUUAUGGCACAGACCUAAGAGGAAGGUAUGACAUUAUCUCCACUUUGCAGGUGAGGCUCAGAGGUGCAAUCUUCCCAGAGGUGGCAUAGACAGCAGGUGGAUAUUGCUGGGGUCAGAGCCCAGUGUGGCCUGACUGCAAAGCCCGUACCCCUCAUCCCUGCCCUGCGCUGCUCCCUGGUCUGAUGCCCACUGUCCCCUGAACUGUUGUCUCUCAUACUUGUCCCUGUCCUCUUCCCACAUGUCCUGACAUGCUCUGUGCCCACCUGCAAGCCUGGGACUCCCCCACCUCCUCUUUCUGGGUCCCAGAAAGCCAUUUCUGGGGCAAGUGGUGACCUCCCUGUUAAGCUGUUAAAGGGAGACAGCUGUCUUCCCCAGGAAACUUGAGAGAAGUCAGCUACAGGGCACUGUCUAACCCCCAGUGUCUCCUUUACAUAGGCAUGUCUUACCAUUUGUAACUAUUAUGGAUUUACCAGUGGUUUCCAAACUGUGGGCCUCAAACUCCAGGAAGGAGGUGCCUAGAAUCAUUGCAAAG